CCCGCCAUCGCCAAGCUCUAUCGCGUCUUUGUCGAGUCCCAGCCAGGAGUCCCUGACCAGCACUGAAAGCACGACUGCCUUUCACUUGCUGUCCCAAACCUGUCGCAGGCUCGCCAGGGGCCUUUCUCGUCCCUUCCAAUGUCUUACUACGAUAUUGACGCCAUCCUCACGGAUGCCGAGAAAAUCCCCUGCGAGUUCCAGAUCGACGUCCCCGAGCUCGGCUACCUCGACAACUCACCCUCGCAUGGCCUCAAGGCCGGCGCGCGCGUCAACCUCCCGCUCUGGCUGGCCGAGAUGCUCGCGCUCGCCAACACCUCGGACCCGAACGACCCGCGCGGCGCCGCCUCAUCCUUCGCGUCACUCAACCUCCCCUCCCCGCUCGCCGACGAGGUCGUGCAGGCCCUCAAGGCCGACCCGCGCAGCGUCCCGCUGCGCGACCGCAGCCCGCACUUUUACGCCCUCGCCGUCCGCAUCCUCGACCUGUUCGAGGAGCGCGACCUGGCCGCCGUCCUGCGCCGCAGCUUCGUCGUGCGCGCCGCCGACGUCGGGCUGCACGCCCGCAAGGCCGGCGGCGCUAGUGCUGCUGCCGCCGCCGCUGGUGGUGGCGGUGGUGGUGGUGGUGUCGGGACGGCUGGGGCCAAGAAGGAUGAGGGCAGCAACGUCGGACUCGGCGGCGUCAGCGAGGAGUUCCUGAGGGGCCUGGACGAGUGGGAGCGCGCGCUGUUCCGCAUGGCGCACGACGGCACAAAGGCCGGGCACGAGUGGAUGGACGCUGUCAAGAGGCGAUGAGCCGGAGACGGGUGUGCAGUAGCAAUAAAAGAUGAUGGGAAGAUGAGGGCAGCCUACCACCCCCUAACCUCCGUGUUUAUCGAAAGGCGGCUUUCCCCGCCGCAACGCUAUCGACAUGGUGGCCGGGCUGGGCUAAACACUCAUUCCCUUUUACCGAGACUGCAGAACUAGCGGGCGCCAUGGCCGGCGCCAGGAAUAGCUUGCCUCUUUGUCCCAAGGCCACAACCCCGGCCAUCGCUUUACCGGCCCACAUAGAUGCUUUCCACAUGUUCCCAAGCUUGGUCCUUUUGGGACCAUGGCUUAUGUGGCUGCUAUCUUCCCGGCGCCUCGUCAGCUCCAGACUAGUUUUUCUCCUAGCGUCUUUAUAGGUCAGGGUUAGUCCAGACGCGGAACUUUGGUAGAUUGCCCUACCCAAGCCCCUAUUGGUUGCCGCCUAGGCAGCAACACGCAGCUAUGUAUUCAGGCCAUGGGUUCCUAGGCCUACGGGCGGUAGUGUGCCUGCAAGGUCACAGCCCCAAACGACAGUUUUUGCCACCACUCCUCGUAUUCGUCCUACAGGUUCCAGGGAUCAGAAACGUUAGUGCGGUGGAUCAACCAGGGGGGUAAGGGUACACAGCGUGCCACACAAUUUGUAGUAGGAAUCAAUGUAUUGUAACUAAUAGCUUGGGACGAUUCUAGUGGGUUCUGGCAAAUGGAGGUGAGGGUAGCGAUACAUCGAUUUGGCGGGAUUCUCUAUGGUGAAAAAUGUAUUUGGG